CACAUAAAGUAAGCUCUCACUACAUACCCUGUCUCCUUUCGCCGUAAUUCACCUCUCCUUUUCCAUAACUGUACGAUUCAAGCACGUGAAACUUGUCGCUAUUCCCCUUAUCAACUUCAUCUUCUUCAUCCAAACCUCCCCACUACUUCCACCUGAGGUGAGAUCUCUUAUCGUCCUUUCUCUUCUCACCAAUGGGUAGCUCCGAUGAAAGGGUUGUCGCCGUUAUAAUGGUCGGUGGGCCUACUAAAGGUACUCGGUUUCGACCACUGUCUUUGAAUGUUGCAAAACCAUUGUUCCCUUUGGCUGGACAGCCUAUGGUUCAUCAUCCAAUAUCUGCCUGUAAAAGGAUUCCAAACCUAGCACAAAUCUAUCUCAUUGGUUUCUACGAAGAGAAGGAAUUUGCACUAUAUGUCUCGUCAAUUUCUAAUGAACUUCGAGUUCCUGUUAGAUACUUGAGAGAGGACAAACCGCAUGGAUCUGCUGGCGGAAUUUACAGCUUCAGAGAUCUCAUCAUGGAAGAUAAUCCAUCACAUAUAUUCCUGCUGAAUUGUGACGUUUGCUGCAGUUUUCCUCUGCCCGAAAUGCUUGAUGCACAUAGAAGAUAUGGUGGAAUAGGGACAAUCCUAGUUAUUAAGGUCUCAGCCGAGUCAGCCAACCAGUUUGGAGAACUGGUUGCAGAUCCUGUUACAAAUGAGCUACUUCACUACACAGAGAAACCUGAAACUUUUGUAAGUGAUCUAAUCAAUUGCGGAGUGUAUGUGUUCACACCUGAUAUUUUUGAUGCGAUUCACAGUGUUUCUACUCAACGGAAAGAUAGAGCCAACUUAAUGCGUGUUUCUAGCUUCGGAUCCCUCCAAUCAGCAACAAGGAGUCUUCCUUCUGACUUUGUGAGAUUGGAUCAAGAUAUAUUAUCGCCUUUAGCAGGGAAGAAGCAGUUAUAUACAUACGAAACUAUGGACUUUUGGGAACAAAUCAAAACACCCGGAAUGUCUCUAAGAUGCUCAGCUUUGUAUCUUGCUCAAUACCGAAUUACUUCUGACCAUCUUUUAGCGACUGGCGAUGGAACAAGAACUGCUACAAUCAUCGGUGAUGUUUAUGUCCAUCCAUCUGCAAAAGUUCAUCCAACUGCCAAGAUUGGUCCAAACGUAUCGAUUUCAGCAAAUGCCCGUGUAGGGGCUGGUGCAAGGCUCAUCAGCUGUAUUAUUCUCGACGAUGUUGAAAUUGAGGAGAAUGCAGUUGUGAUCCAUGCGAUUGUUGGAUGGAAAUCAUGUAUUGGGAAAUGGUCGAGAGUGCAGGGCGAAGGAGACUAUAAUGCAAAACUUGGGGUUACAAUUCUUGGUGAAGCUGUAUCAGUUGAAGAUGAAGUGGUAGUUAUAAACAGCAUUGUUCUUCCAAACAAGACUCUUAAUGUCAGUGUUCAAGAAGAGAUAAUACUCUGAUUAACAAGAAGAAGCAAUGGAAAGAUCCAAUCAAACUCUUAAAACUUUUUGGGUAAUGUAAUGUCACUAAGAUUUCUUCCAUAUCGAACUUUUUUGGAAAGUCGAUAAUGUAUGUAAUUUUGACUGCUUGAAAGACAAAUAGGCCUUGUUCAAUUAUCAGUUAUUUUCAAAUAAACUUGUGUUCCUUUGGUGUUAUAAUAAAGUGGGUUAUUUGGUUUUUGU